UCAAACACGUUUAACAUCUUUACAAACUAGUCAGAAUGCCGGUUGGUCAGCCUGUUCUUAUACAGUAUGUGACACGCCUAGCAGGCUUGGCCAAAAAUCUUAUGCAUAGUUUUCACUUUAAACGUUUAACCACAACAAACAUGGAGUACCAGGAACAGGUUGAGCACAUUGUAUCCACAGCGCAAUUCGGAGAUUUGAUUGAGUUUGCUUAUCCCAUUGGCUACGCACACUGGGGCGUGUACGACGGUGAUGGAUAUAUUGUUCACUUCGCAGUUGCGGAUGAAACGAAGCUGCAAAGUACAUUUCGAGGCUACCUUCAGGCUAUUUUUCCUGUUUGUGGUGAUCUUUUGCUCGGAGAAACUAAAAUACGUCGUCAGGCCCUGGCUGAAGUUAAUACACCUAAAGGAGCUAAAGUGUCAGUCUGCAACAACCGUCACGCUUUCGAGCCCUCACCCGAGGCAGACAUGAAACGGCGACGAGAUGGUUUACUGGACAAGGAAUUUACCUACAAGCUUCUCACACUAAAUUGUGAGCACUUUGCCACAUUCAUCCGGUUUGGAAAAGCUGUGUGCAAUCAGCUUCCAGGGAAGGUCAAAAACAAGGAAUGUGUGGACGCUACAGAACUUUUUGACAGCCUUGUGCCAUCAUUUUAAUCUACAGCAUGCUACGAUCUACAUACAUCUCAUCUCAAGAAUAUUGUAUUAUUUUACUGAGAAUGGGCGAGAAUGAUUGUAAUUAAAUGGGCAGGUUUUUUAUGCUAGAUUUUUUGAUGUCAGUUCUUCACUUUCUUUGGCAUGUCUGCAAAAUGUACAUAUAAUAUUGCUGUAAAGGGGUUAAAUAUGUAUUAAAUAUGAUGUUUUAAUAUGAACAUAAUUUUACAAUAAUUUACUGUAAACACAAAAAAUAAGAAAAUAUUAUUAUGGUUUGCGUGUGAUCAAUUGAAUUACCACAAUUUAACAACUUUUAACAAAUGUAAUGAGACCAUGCAAAGUAAAAAAAAUGUGACUAACAACAUAACUAACUCAUCAGAAAAAGAUUUAAAAUAUUGAGGUAAAUUAACUUUUAACUUAAGGGAAUUUGAUUAUACAUUUUACAGUGAUUUUACAAUUUUGGUAAAUUUGUGAUUUCAAUAUUUUUUUACAAAUGAAUCAAAACCAUGGUUACUAUUGUUAAACAGUGGUUAAUUUUGGUUAAAAAAUGGUAUUUGUUUUGAAGAUGCUGUGGUUACCAUGGUAACAUACAUAAGGGAAAAGGACAAUCCAGUGUUUUGUUAUCAAUCAUUUUUCGAAAUAAACAUUUCUGUCCUUUGCAAACAUA